AGGAGGAAGGAGGGUGCUUAACUCCCUGUUGGCCCGGAGGAGGAGGAAGGCUUGGAAGGCUCUGGCCCCACUCAAAAUGGAGCCAAGCGACUGCCUCGCCUAAGAUGGUGGCUUAAGGUCCUCAGCCUUGAUUGGGUACCUAGAAGAAACGAGCGGGUCCAAAGGUAGCCGAAUCCCGUCACCCUUUCUCAAGGUGGCGCCCCGCCUCUGCUGGCGUCACGCGGGAGCCGCUGGCCUCCCUUCCCCGCCUCUGCCGCGGUUACCUCGCGUGCCCAGCCCUCAUAAGAUGGCGGUCUGGUAGCCUCCCCGCGGCGGCGACGCCACUCUCAACAUGGUAGCUGUUUACCCCAUAUUUCUCCUCCCCUCUCCGCUUCAACUUCCUCCUUGUUUUGAAUAAACUUUAUUGACUACUUCGAAUUGCCUACCAUCGCCACCGGGUUUCUCCCGGCGACUUUUCCGGCAGUUUUUCCUCCGACCUGGCCGCCGGUUAUUCUCAUUUCUCUUGCUUUGCUCGCAGCGAUCUCCAGCCGGCUCAGGGACGACGCCGUUUGUCCGCUCCUCGGGCGGCCGCCGGACUAGGCCCGAGUUGCGGGCUCCAGUAGGCCCUAACGACCGGGCCCGGGGCAAAACCGUGGAGAAAGCCGCUCUGAAGCACCGCCGGGCGCCCAGGGCCGCGCAAACCCAGCGGGUGGUUCUGGGGGAAGGCUAGCAAGAUUCGCAGCGUUGCCGUGACGAUCCCAGAAUUCGGCGCGCGCCGCUGGUGGGGCCGGAACUGCUUGCCGAUCCUCCGCUGAGCUAGGUGCUGAGGCGCUUCGGAGCAAUCCCGGCAGCUGGCGCGUCGGUGGAACAGAACUCCGCUAGUCUAUCGUCCAGAAAGGACGCGCGCUGCUGCCUCCUGCUUCUCUUGACGCUACGAACCUGGCCCGCCGCAGAGCGCUCCAAGGCCGGGCGAAGAUGGCCUCGGUACCAGUGUAUUGCCUCUGCCGGCUGCCUUACGAUGUGACCCGCUUCAUGAUCGAGUGUGACAUGUGCCAGGACUGGUUUCAUGGCAGUUGUGUUGGCGUUGAAGAAGAGAAAGCUGCUGACAUUGACCUCUACCACUGCCCCAACUGUGAAGUCUUACAUGGGCCCUCCAUUAUGAAAAAACGCCGUGUAUCUUCGAAAGGGCAUGAUACACACAAGGGGAAGCCAGUGAAGACCGGAAGUCCUACAUUCAUCAGAGAGCUCCGGAGUAGGACCUUUGACAGCUCAGAUGAAGUGAUUCUGAAGCCCACUGGAAGUCAGCUGACUGUGGAAUUCUUGGAGGAGAAUAGCUUCAGUGUGCCCAUCCUAGUCUUGAAGAAGGAUGGAUUGGGGAUGACACUGCCUUCACCAUCAUUCACUGUGAGGGACGUGGAACACUAUGUUGGUUCUGACAAAGAGAUUGAUGUGAUUGAUGUGACCCGCCAGGCUGACUGCAAGAUGAAGCUUGGUGAUUUUGUGAAAUACUAUUAUAGUGGGAAGAGGGAGAAAGUCCUCAAUGUCAUUAGUUUGGAAUUCUCUGAUACCAGGCUUUCUAACCUUGUGGAGACUCCCAAGAUUGUUCGGAAGCUCUCGUGGGUGGAGAACUUGUGGCCAGAGGAGUGUAUAUUUGAGAGGCCCAAUGUGCAAAAGUACUGCCUCAUGAGUGUGCGGGAUAGCUAUACAGACUUUCACAUUGACUUUGGUGGCACCUCGGUCUGGUACCAUGUGCUCAAGGGUGAGAAGAUCUUCUACCUGAUCCGCCCAACAGAUGCCAAUCUGACUCUCUUUGAGUGCUGGAGCAGCUCCUCUAACCAGAAUGAGAUGUUUUUUGGGGACCAGGUGGACAAGUGCUAUAAAUGUUCCGUGAAGCAAGGACAGACACUUUUCAUUCCUACAGGAUGGAUCCAUGCUGUGCUAACUCCCGUGGACUGCCUUGCCUUUGGAGGGAACUUCUUACACAGCCUUAACAUCGAAAUGCAGCUCAAAGCCUAUGAGAUUGAGAAGCGGCUGAGCACAGCAGACCUCUUCAAGUUUCCUAACUUUGAGACCAUCUGUUGGUACGUGGGAAAGCACAUCCUGGACAUCUUUCGAGGUUUGCGAGAGAAUAGGAGGCACCCAGCAUCCUACCUGGUCCAUGGUGGCAAAGCUCUGAACUUGGCCUUUAGAGCCUGGACAAAGAAAGAAGCUCUGCCAGACCAUGAGGAUGAGAUUCCGGAGACAGUACGGACCGUACAGCUCAUUAAAGAUCUGGCUAGGGAGAUCCGCCUGGUGGAAGAUAUCUUCCAACAGAACGUUGGGAAGACGAGCAAUAUCUUUGGGCUGCAGAGGAUCUUCCCAGCUGGCUCCAUUCCCUUAACCAGGCCAGUCCAUUCCACUUCAGUAUCCAUGUCCAGGCUGUCACUGCCCUCCAAAAGUGGUUCAAAGAAGAAAGGCCUGAAGCCCAAGGAACUCUUCAAGAAGGCAGAGCGAAAGGGCAAGGAGAGCUCAGCCUUGGGGCCUGCUGGCCAAUUGAGCUAUAAUCUCAUGGAUACAUACAAUCAUCAGGCACUGAAGACAGGCUCUUCCCAGAAAGCAAAGUUCAACAUCACUGGUACCUGCCUGAAUGACUCAGAUGAUGACUCGCCAGACUUGGACCUUGAUGGGAAUGAGGGCCCGCUGGCCCUGUUGAUGUCUAAUGGCAGUGCCAAGAGGGUAAAGAGCUUAUCUAAGUCUCGGCGAGCCAAGCUCACAAAGAAAGCAGAUAAGGCUAGGCUGGUGGUGGAACAGGUGAUGGAGGAUGAAUUUGACUUGGAUUCAGAUGAUGAACUGCAAAUUGACGAGAGAUUGGGAAAGGAGAAGGCAACCUUGAUAAUAAGACCAAAAUUUCCUCGAAAGUUGCCCCGUGCAAAGCCUUGCUCUGACCCCAACCGAGUUCGGGAACCAGGAGAAGUUGAGUUUGACAUUGAGGAGGACUAUACAACAGAUGAGGACAUGGUAGAAGGGGUCGAAGGCAAGCUUGGGAAUGGGAGUGGUGCUGGUGGAAUUCUUGAUCUGCUCAAGGCCAGCAGGCAGGUGGGGGGACCUGACUAUGCUGCCCUCACCGAGGCCCCUGCCUCUCCCAGCACUCAGGAGGCCAUCCAAGGCAUGCUGUGCAUGGCCAACCUGCAGUCCUCAUCGUCCUCACCAGCUACCUCCAGCCUGCAGGCCUGGUGGACUGGGGGCCAGGACCGAAGCAGUGGGAGCUCCAGCAGUGGGCUGGGCACAGUGUCUAGCAGUCCUGCUUCCCAGCGCACCCCAGGGAAGCGGCCCAUCAAGCGUCCAGCAUACUGGAGAACCGAGAGCGAGGAGGAGGAAGAGAAUGCCAGUCUGGAUGAACAGGACAGCUUGGGAGCAUGCUUCAAGGAUGCAGAGUAUAGUAAGGGUCCAGGCCAGAAGCGCUCCCCCUAGUCCCAGUCUCAAACCCAGUCCCAAUCCAGGAUAACCUGGGACAGUAGUGAGCAAAGACCUUGCCUUAAGCCUGAUGCUUGCCUUCUUUGAGCCAUGUUUUCUUAAUCUGGAAAAUGGAAAUACCUACAGGUUGAUUCAAGAAUUAGAGAUGGUGUUUGUCCAGAGCACCUGGCACAUUGUCUUGCUCAUGGAAGACCCUCAAAAAAUGGUAGCCAUUAUAAUUAGCUAUCAUCCAUUUUUAAAAUUGUCUAACCUCCUUUGCUGGUAAUUCUUUUUUCCCUUCUUGCCUGUUUUACCUCCAUCACUUCCACUUCUCUGUUUGGUUCAUCCCUUGCAAAGGUAUAUAAUGACCUUUCAGCGGGCUUUUUACAUUUAAGAGAUGACCUUUUUUUAAGUUAAGAUUUAUUAAGUACUACAGUAUAUAAAGCACUUUUUUUAUAUAG